UUGUCAGCCCUAAAAGAACUGUGGUCAUGCUAUAAGGAUGGAUCACUUCAAGAAAACAUCAGAAAAGUUCUGAAUGACAUAAAAGAAGUCAGAGAAGUGUUUAAUGGACAGGAGAUUGACGUGGAAGUCACCAUUGACGAGGAUGAAUACAGGGAUGCAUGCUGGGACGCCGUUCUCCUGCAAAUGGCGGAUCGAUACAAACCGACUGAGGAGAGUUCCUCUGUAGGCAGAGCACAUAGGCACUCAUCAUGUGACAUGGAUUUACCCAGAGUUAGCAUGACCGAGCUGGCCUGGAGCGAUUGGAUUAACGUUAAAGAAAUCUACAACAAAUCAAGCACAGAAUCGAGUAAGAGGAGAAAAGCAGAAAAGAAGGUUGCCGAGCUAGCACGUGAGUUACACAUCCUUGAGAACGAGAAACAGCCCUUAGUAAGUGAAAGGAUUGUUCAGUUACAGAGCGAAUUACAAAGAAUCCAACAUGAACGAGAAGAAGUGAACAGGGAAAAUGUGAGUUUGAAGAACAAGUUGGACGAAGUAGCAUCGGAACCGCUUGCAGAACAAGAGCUUCUCAGUAAUCAGUUAGAUCCUUUGUGGGAAAACAAACCAGAAGAAUUGUUAGAGGUAUUUCAACAUCUGAAGAAACUACCAUGGCAUAAACUUGAUAAUGCAAGUAAAAUGAAUCUCACCUCAUGUAUAGAAACUAUGAUGUCUUUGGUUUCUGAACGACUUGUUAACCAUCCUGACCUGAACACUGAUGUAUUGAUUCAAGUGAUGCAGGAAAAUUCCAAGGUAUUGCAAGAAUUACCAUGGUACAACCUUGAUAAUGCAAGUAAAAUGAAUCUCACCUCAUGUAUAAUAACUAUAAUGACUUGGAUUGCUGAGCAACUUGCUAACCAUCCUGACCUGAGCACUGAUGUAUUGAUUCAAGUGAUGCAGGAAAACACUAAAGUACUGGAGAAACUACGAUGGCAUCAACUUGAUGAUGGAAGUAAAAUGGAACUGAUCUCAAAUAUAGAAACUAUGACGACUUGGGUUGCUGAGCAACUUGUUAACCAUACUGACCUGAGCACUGAUGCAUUGAUUCAAGUGAUGCAGGAAAACACUAAAGUACUGGAGAAACUACCAUGGGGCUACCUUAAUGGUGAUAGUAGAAUGAAGCUUAUCUCACUUAUAGAAACUAUGACAACUUGGGUUGCUGAGCAACUUGUUAAACAUCCUGACCUGAGCACUGAUGCAUUGAUUCAAGUGAUGCAGGAAAACACUAAAGUACUGGAGAAACUACCAUGGGGCUACCUUAAUGGUGAUAGUAGAAUGAAGCUUAUCUCACUUAUAGAAACUAUGACAACUUGGGUUGCUGAGCAACUUGUUAAACAUCCUGACCUGAGCACUGAUGCAUUGAUUCAAGUGAUGCAGGAAAACACUAAAGUACUGGAGAAACUACCAUCCGAGAACAUUGAUAAUGGUAUU